ACUUGUCAAAGCCAUCAGUAUAGUGCUGUGAUAUCCUCACUAGCAGGGAAUUGCAUAGAUUUCAAACUGUAUAUGUAUUUUUUCCACGGAGUGAUUGACGGGGCAAAUAAUUUCAUUGACAUAUAGUUAUCCACUAUGGCUAUAUAUAUAGGUUGCUAACUUAUAGUUUUCAUAGAAUCAAAAACAACCAUGUCUAUCAUAUUUGUGCUUGUUGGAAUAUUAUUAUCUUCCACUGCAGUAGAGUUUACAGGUGCACAAUCCGUAGGUGUUUGUUAUGGAGGAAAUGGAAACAAUCUCCCAACAAAGCAAGCAGUGGUAGAUUUAUACAAAUCAAAAGGAAUUGGCAAAAUCCGCCUAUACAAUCCAGAUCAAGGAAUACUUCAAGCCCUAAAAAAUUCAAACAUAGAAGUAAUCCUCGGCGUCCCAAACGACGUUCUUAAAUCACUUACAAAUGCUCAAGCCGCCACUAAUUGGGUCAACACAAACGUAAAACCCUAUUAUCCAAGUGUCAAAAUCAAAUACAUUGCGGUUGGGAACGAAAUUCACGCCGAUUCGGCCGAAGCGAGUUCAGUUCUCCCCGCAUUGCAAAACAUUCAGAAUGCGAUAUCUUCGUCAAAUUUAGGCCAGAUUAAAGUGUCUACCGCGAUAGACACAACUCUAAUUGGAAAAUCUUACCCACCAAACGACGGUGCUUUUAGCGACGGUUCAGUCGGUUACAUAAGGCCUAUUAUUAACUUUUUAGUUAGAAACAGUUCACCACUUCUUGCUAAUGUGUACCCUUAUUUCUCAUACGUUAAUAACCAACAAAGCAUAGGUCUUGACUAUGCUUUGUUUACAAAAGCAGGGAAAAAUGAAGUUGGGUACCAAAAUUUGUUUGAUGCAAUUUUGGACUCAAUUUAUGCUGCUCUUGAAAAGGUAGGGGGUUCUAAUGUGAAGAUUGUUGUGUCUGAAAGUGGUUGGCCAUCUGAAGGUGGAACUGCAGCUAGUGCUGGAAAUGCUGGAACAUAUUAUGGGAAUUUGAUUAAGCAUGCUAAGGGUGGGACUCCUAAGAGGCCUAAUGGACCUAUUGAGACUUAUCUUUUUGCUAUGUUUGAUGAAAAUCAGAAACCAGGUGCUGAAAUUGAGAGACACUUUGGACUCUUUAGGCCUGAUAAAUCACCUAAGUAUCAACUAAGUUUCAAUUGAGAUACACUAGUGGUGAUUAUGUAUAAUAAUAAUAAACUAAAUGUAACUUGUAAUAAAAAGGGUACCUAGUGCUCUUAUGGUUACUUUUAGAUAUUUACAAUGAUGAAUAAUGAUAAUAAAUUCUACGUA